AUGCCGCCACCUGCUAUCGACACGACGAACGACCUCGCGUCGCUGCAGUUGAUCCCGCGCCUCAUACGCUCAGCGUCGUCCAUCAAGGAGCCCGUGGACACCAAAGCGCCUCCGCUCACGCCCGUGGUCGUCGAGCCCUUACGCUGGUCCACUGCGUCUUUCUCGCUGUCGUUCUUGAGCAACAUCGAACGCCUCGCGAUCAACGAGACGGUCGAGCGCAAUGGCGUGACGCACUACGUCGUGCAAGUCUAUCAGUUCCACUCGAACUCGCGGCUUCCUACGAACGUGAACAAUCCACGGCUGGCCGUCCCGCGCCUGUCUGACGUCGGGGAGCAGCCCUGCGAGCCGGACUUUCGCGUCGAGCGACGGUACUCGGACUUUGCCAAGCUGCGCCACCAAGUGAAGCUCUGGACGUGUCCGAACGCACACUUUGCAUGCCCUUAUUGCCACGAGUACAACCGGUACAUUCGGUUCAAGCUCCGCCAGCCACGACGGCUCGCGGCCUUUUGCACGAGCGUGAAAACGCGGCAGGAGAUCCUGCAGGAGUUCAUGACGGACUUUGUCGACCUGGCGCAGAACUCGUCGAAAAACACUUUGCGGCGAUGCGAAGCGCACCAUCACGUGCCGGCGUUGCUCGAGUCGUUCCUUCGGGAUUGA